AUGACUACUGAUCAGUUAGCUUCUGUCGGUGUUCGAUGUAUUCCAGAUAAUCCUCACGCGGUUAUUGGUGUUAUGAAUGCCAAGAGAGCUCGAUUUGAAAUCGAAACAAAAAAAAAUGAAAAUGCUGCAGCAACUAAACGAACUCCAAUUAACUUAGCAUUAGUACUCGAUCGAAGUGGUUCCAUGCAAUCCAAUAAUAAAUUAGAAUUUGCCAAACAAGCUAUUAUUUCCGUCCUUGAUUUACUUCAUGAUGAUGAUGUUGUACAUCUUGUUGCUUAUGAUGAUCAUGUCUGGAAUGUAUUUGAAGAUGCACAUGGAUCAGCUCGUCAAGUUCUCUAUUCAGUAGUACGAGGUCUUCGAACAGGUGGUCAAACGAAUCUAUCAGGUGGCAUUGAAGCAGGAGCUAAUCUUCUGGAAAAAUAUCCAUAUCCAGGAUUUUCUAAACGUAUGUUCGUCCUAUCAGAUGGAUUAGCAAAUGUUGGAUUGAAGACAAAAGAAGAAAUCAUGAAAGCUGUUACGAAAUAUAAUGAAAAAGGAAUUAUAAUUGAUUCGUUUGGUGUUGGAGAAGAUUUUGAUGAAAGAAUAAUGAAAGGUAUUGCAGAGGCCGGACGUGGUCAGUUUUUCUUUCUUGAAUCAGCCGAUGUUAUUGUCUCCUUGAUAACCAAAGCACUUCAAAGUGUCUUUGAUGUUUGUGGAACACAAGCUCAAUUAACUAUUCGAGGUCGUAAUAAUGCCAUUGUCACGAAAAUAUGGGGCCAUGAAAAUAUUGCCUGUGGUGCUAAUCUUGGCGAUCUUCAUGUCGAUAAUCUACGUGUUAUUCUUUGUGAUUUUACAGUUUCAGGAACGUUGUCUGAUGGUACUGAAAUCGAAGUUCUUGAUUAUCAAUUAAAGUAUCAACGUCCAGAUGAUAUUGAUGAAGAACCAAUGAUAGUUUCUGGUACAUUAUCAAUAACCUUCGUUCAUGAUGCAUCACUUGCCGAACAAAUCGAUCCGAAAAUUCAAACCUUACAUGCAGUACAAAUGGCAGCAGAAAUGGAUGAUAGAAUUGCUCAAUUGAUUACUGAUGGCAAGACUGACAAUGCAAUUACACUUAUUGCUGAGCAAAUUACUCUUCUUCAAACAGUCGAACAUAUGGACGACGAAAAGAACAUGAUUUCAAUGUUAAUUCGCAUGGCAGAAAACAUGCAAAAAAGAUUGAAAGAUAAAGCGGUUAGUCAAAAAACAGCAGCGAAAUACUACGGCCAUCAUGGUCAUAUGAAAAAAUGCUAUGAUCACAAAUAUACAGGUCAUUAUGCCGAUGAAGACUAA